UUCUUUUCGCAAACAACACAUCCACACCACCAGCCACCCAGCUGGCCAGCCAGCCAGCCAGCCAGCCAGCCAGGCAGCCGGGAAAGGAAAGGAGAAAGGAAGUCAGGCGGCGGCCGCGAUGGCUUCAGGGGUCACUUGUUCCUUCUCCUUCCCCAUCUCACGCAUCUGACGCUGCGUGAAUCACACGCACAUCCACACACACACGCGCACACACACAGCCAUUCCACACGCACAUACGCAGCCAUUCCAGACACGCGCAUGCAUUCCACCUGCACGUAUGGCCACUUACCCUGAUUCGGUAUAUUUCGGGCUGGAUGAGCUUCUUGGUCAUCCAGCUGCCGUUGCAGCCUAUCUUGGCAGCAGAUAUCUGUUAAGCGAUUGAUUGAGAAGACGAGGAGGGACAAGCGAGAGAGGCGGGCGUGCCACGAAGGGAUGAGAGCAGCGUGGUAGGUAGGGAAUGGAAUCAACACCUACCUACCUUGGGCAGGCGCCUUGCGUGCUGCAGCGCUUCGGCAGCACCCAUGACACUCUGCACACAAUGAAUGCGUCGCAAUGAGUGCAGCCACAUUUCUGUGUGGGUGCGGUGCUCAUGCUGACUCUGUGGAAGUUGCGCAACACGCGAAUCAGCACGGGGCUGACCACAUAGACACACACGAGACGACCACCAAUGUGGGGGAUGGGAUGUGCCCUUCCUGUCUGCCUGUCUCACUUGUCCUGGAAGUGUGGGUGCAUGCGCUUAAGGGGCAGCUCAGUCAGGUACAGACGGACUAAGACAACCAAUCAAUCAACGGACACACACACAAAGCAUCCAUCCAUCCAUCAAAGGUGAGAAUAUAGCUCUUGUCACAACGCGACCCGACCGACAGUCGGUCGGCUCUAUUCAACAAAGCACUACCUGACGUGACCUGACCUUCGAUGAAGUCUUUGACGACCCACUUGGCGGCGUUGACCAGCACAGGGGGAAUGCGGAUGUCGUAAAACAAACACGCCUCUGCCAUCUGCGCACACGCAGACAGACAGGCAGAUAAACCAAGACGCACCAGACUCGUAUGUAUCAUGGUCAAUGUGUAUGCCCAUGUGCGAUGUGCUUCUUGUUCGUCCGUUUACCUCGACGCAGUCCUGCCAAGGGGGGGGGGGAGACACAAAGAGAUACAAAGCUACACAGAUGAUGGGGGACGGGGUCGUAGACAUGGUAUACCGGCGGCAGGGGCUUUGACGCCGUCUCUGGCAGGACCUUGUUGGUCACCACCUGAUAGGCAGACACAGACGGGGCACAUGCAGGACGCCAUUAGAAUGGGAUUCACGGAUUCACGGGUGCAUUGGUUGGCUGGUCGCCUCGCCCCCUGCCCACCCACCUCUAAGGCUGCGACUAUUUCUGACUCCUGGGUCUGCUUGGAUGUCAUGUCCUGCACAGAUGGCAGAUAAGGGAGCCUCGGAUGCACCAACCUGAUGGUGCCCUCGGAGGUCAACUAACCCCUCUGUCUUCCGCCUUGGUCAGUGCUGUCUCGAUCGACUGUGCACACACACACACACACGGGCACGCGCACGAAUCCCUGUGUGUCUCGUGUCUCAACCAAUGUGGGCUGACUGCCGGCCGGACGAUAUGUACCAACCAUGAUUUUGUCGAUGGGCUCAAAGACCUGGUUGUGUAUGGUGAGCAGCUCCUUCGAGUAGGCGCUCUCAAAUCCCACAAACAGCUGAUCAAACUCCUCCAACACCUCUCGCAAGCGACCGCGGAAAUUCUUCAGACCGUCGCCAAAGUCGCUCUGGCCCCACAACCACACGAAUCACAGCUCGAAUGAGAGACAAAGGUGCUCUUGCCGGCCCCUCCCCACGCACCUUGACGCUGGGUUCGAUGAGGGAAGUGAUUCUGAGUGCGACGUCGUCGAAGGCCUUAAGGAACUUGAUGCCGUGUGAGUUGAGCUCGUUGCUGAAAUUGAACGACUGUCCGUUGAAGUCCACCGUCGGCGACGUCGCCAAGGCCUGUGCAGCCACCACCACUGACACGCUGUACCCAAGGGGCUCGUACCUGCGUGUGUUGUGUGGGGGGUCAGUGGCCAUUUAUGUAUGUCUGGCUGGUGCGCAGGGGCUAUAUUCUUACUUACUGGGGGAUGGGGAAGAGGUAUUUGUGGUGGUUUUGGAAGCGGUAGCUCUUGUUCUCUGGCGAGAUGCUCACGUACUCGCCGAGCAUGCCCAGUAGGUUCAGAAAGCGGGCCAGCAGACGCACUCCGUCGCCCUCGAGCGCAGUGCUCACCAGAGGGACCUUUCCCUGCAAAUCAGCCAGUCUGACAGAUGACACAAACAAGGCAGACGGAGGCAUUUGUGGGGACGUCAGCUGUGCUCCUGCCUCUCACUCUUUGAUGUAUGCGAAGUCGGGUGUUCCCUUGAAUUUAACGACAUCGGGUGUCCCCGUGAUUUUUCCACCCUUCUUGCCUCCCUUCUUCUUCGGAGCCAUGCUGCAAUAAUGCCUCCACUAAGGAGCGUUGACUUCGUUCGCAAACCACCUCAAGACAACUUGAAC